AUGCAUAGCAUAAGUUGGGUUAGGCAGGGAUUAAUAGAGGACUGGUCAAAAGAUUGGGAACCAAUUCUGGAAGGUUUGACCUUUUAUGUCAAGUAUGUUGGAAGUCACUUGGUUGAUGAAACGGGUGGAGAAGAUGUUACAGCUGAUGCCAUCAAAACCAUUGUAAACAUGGCAAAAAUGGCUGGGACAAAAUUGGAGAGGGUUGCAUUAACCGUGAGUUUGAGGGGCAUCUCAGUUACCUCUCUAACAUCUGCUUUCAGGAUGGACAUCUCCAUUUUCAGGAUCUCUCACUGUACUGCAGAUGCUCACUACGACCAUGUGUUUGCUUUCCUUGCCACCAAUCCCAAUGAAACUACUGAGUGUCAUGCCUUCCUCUGCCCCAAACGAAAAAUGACAGAAGCUGUAACACUAACUGUGGCUCAGUCUUUCAAGUUGGCUUUUGACUGCUGGAGCAAAGCAGAGAAGAAGAAAAUGCUGCUAUUGAAAAAGGAGAUGGAGGAAGAACAAUGGGAAGAUGAGGGCAUCUUUGCUUGUUUGGAUGGAGGAGAAAAGAGACCUCGACAGAGAGCAAUGAGCCUCAAUGAUCCCUGGAUUCCACCUCGUCCAACCUCACCAAAUAGCUUUAUCAAAAAUCUUGGGUUCGAGGAUGACUUUGUGGAAGUGAGCAAGGGAUUUUCACGCAUUCCAAACGGUCAUCCAAUGCUUGAUGUUCAAUCCCCUUCCAAGGAUAGAGAGGCAUUCCAGGAAUUCCUCAUCCCUGCAUCCCCAACAUGCAUGCAGGCAGCUUGGGAUAACUUCCUUGAGGAUGACCCACAUUCUGAUCUCAUGUCAUUCUGAUUCAUUCAUUGUGGCCUUUUGUGAUGUCUGAGUGCAAUACAGAAGAAGGUAUAGGGGAAAUAAGUAAAAAAAAAAAAAAAAGAAUCCCAUAAUUGUGAUUGACUUCUAGCCCAGUACAAAAAUAUCUUGUGAAUCCCUCAUUGGUUGCCAGGCAUACCUUAGAGAAGAAGGAAAGGAGCUGAUUGCCUUUCUGGCACUCUAAGAUGAGGCAAUUUAGAUCUGUAUUAACUUUGUCUCUGCUUUCCAUGAUGCUGUUAUUAUUGGAUUGUGUCCCAUUUGUGAAAGAGAGUUAUGCUUUCCAUGAAUUAAAUGAAU